ACAGCACAUAUAAAGUUAAAUUGGUUGGAGUAGAGAGGAGAGCUGAGAAUGUAAAAUUUGCUUCAUCUGGCUUAGUCAGGGCAGCUGCUGAGUGGCUUUGGUCCCCCGGCCAAUAAGUAUCCCGUCACUUAUGGGCAGUUUGCGGCUUUCAAUAAGACUCUCUGAGGGUAGAGGAAGCUCGAAUUGGUGAGUUAAUAGAGGUUAGACUUGGCAGAGAGAGUCAGUGGUGUCUUUGCUCAGCUGCUGAGCCGUAAAAGGAGGAUUCUUUGGGAGGACGCUGAAAGGAGCCAGGAAUGGCUUAGCUCAGCUGCUUGGCUCGCCGUCUAAACCAGGUUUGCUUUGUGGUCCCAGAGAUGUGUCCUUAUUGACACUCAAGGAGCCCCUCGGGUUGCUUUCUCUUUGCUUCUCAGUUGCAUAAGAGAGGCUCUUUGCUCCAGUUUCACAUUGGCUGUCUAAACGGGUCUGUUUGUGUGUAUGAGAAACUGCAACCAGAAGCCACAGACUGGAUGUCCUAUUCCAAGAAUGCUGUGCCUCAAUUCCCCAGCAUUCAUGGAUCCAGUGACUAUUAUGCAAUGCUAUCCUCCUUCCCCUUAGACGUCUUUGCACCUAACGGUCACCAACGAGAGUGAGUGCCCCCUGACAGAGAUGUGCUUUGACAAAACAAGGCCAAAGGAGUUGAGAGAGUACUGCUUACUGAAUGGAAUGGAGAAGUGAGGCAGAAAGGAAAGCUUUGGGCAGUAUUUUUGAGGAACCCAAUUCGAUGUCAUGAACUGAAAGACAGAAUGAGUUUUUCCUGUGCAAGAACAACAUACUGUAAAAGGUGACAGACAAACAUCAGAAAGAGCAAUAGGUGUAUAAAUUAGCACGGCUUCUGGUCUGUGAGUGGCGAAAACCUCAACCCUGCAUAGCACCAUCCCCUAAAAACCCAGUGUGAAAAAAGACAGAAGGAACAGAGCAGCAUCUGGGUCGAAGCUAAUAGAGAAAACCACGGGGCUUUAAAUAGAUCGAGAAAAGAGAAGUGUGAAGUGGACUUUAUGCUCAAAGAGAGGGAGGCAGAGAGACCAAGAGCACGAGUUUACAUCCAUCUCCGGAGAGGCGACGAGUGGCAACUGGAGCCACUGUGGGAUUUUGAGCUGGAAUAACUGGGGAUUUACUCACUGCGGCGAUUUGGGAAAACACAAAGACAACCAAGACAGUUGAAGGAGAGACUUUGAGGUGAAACUGAGGAAGAAAAGCUACACUUAGAGGAAAAGAGGGGGGCUCAUGGGAAACCUCCUGAAAGUGCUGGCUUGCGCCGAACUUGAGCAUGGGCCAAUAGUUUUCCUUGACUUUGAACAUGCCCAGCCCACCGAGGCAGAGACGGCCGUGUGGAACCAGGUCAGUGCCGUCCUGGAGGAGGCCCACGGCAUCCUGGCUGAGCUGCAGUCCUAUAACGGCGCGGGGCAGGAGAUACGAGAGGCCAUCCAGAACCCUGGCGACCUUGCUCUUCAGGAGAAAGCCUGGAACGCAGUCUGCCCCCUGGUGGCCAAACUGAAGAGGUUCUACGAGUUCUCCCUCAGACUGGAGAACGCUCUGCGCAGCCUGCUGGAGGCGCUGACCAGCCCACCCUACGCGCCCAUGCAGCACCUGGAGCGAGAACAGGCCCUGGCCAAGCAGUUUGCUGAGAUUCUGCAUUUUACACUCAGCUUUGAUGAACUAAAGAUGACAAAUCCAGCCAUUCAGAAUGACUUCAGCUACUACAGGAGGACUAUAAGUAGGAACAGGCUGAAUAACCAGCAGCUGGAUGCAGAGAAUGAGGUAAACAACGAAAUGGCCAACCGGAUGUCCCUGUUUUACGCUGAAGCAACACCGAUGCUGAAGACCUUGAGUAACGCCACCACCAAGUUCGUUUCAGAGAACAAGACUCUGCCCAUAGAGGACACCACAGACUGCCUGAGCACCAUGGCCUGUGUGUGCCGUGUCAUGCUGGAGACCCCGGAGUACCGCUGCCGGUUCACCAACACAGACACCAUGCUGUUCUGCAUGAGGGUGAUGGUGGGCGUCAUCAUCCUCUACGACCAUGUCCAUCCCGUGGGAGCCUUCGCCAAAACCUCUAAAAUUGAUAUGAAAGGCUGCAUCAAGGUGCUGAAAGAGCAACCGUCCAACAGCGUGGAGGGUCUCCUGAAUGCACUGAGGUACACGACACGGCAUCUAAACGAUGACAGCACCUCCAAACAAAUCAGAGCCCUGCUGCAAUGAAAGAACUCCAGAGGAAAGGGGAAAAUGUCGGAGCGCACUUGAAGACGGAGGGAAAAAGACACCAGAGGCUGAAAAAAGCUGUUUGUUUACAACGGACGGAGAGAGCCAUCUCUGGUUUAGGAGCAACCUGACGAUUAGAAGAAGAAGAAGAAUUUAAUUAUAUAUAUUAUCAGCUGUCCAUCAUUCUGUCUCUCAUUUUGUAAAGUAAGAAAAGAGAAAAAAAAAAGAAGGAAAGCCAGAAAUGAAGAUUAUAGAUAUUUAUUAAAAGAAGUGAAACACAAGCCUCAGAUUAACAGUUUGCUAGGAUAAGAGAAGAAGCUAUAUUGGGAAAAUUAAGGUCAGAACCAAAAUGUAAGAGUAGAUAGAGUUUCAUGUUCUUGCUGUGGUCAGAUGAGUAUUUUUGCACACACCCUUUGAAAAAAACGAUGCCAUCUUCUUUCCCCCUGAAGUGGUCCCUUGAAGCCCUCUCGUUCCUGGUGGAAGUGGUGGCUUGGUAUCCCUCAGCUGCACUGAUUUCCACACGCAGGCCAACGAAGCAAUGUGAUGGAUCCACUCCGGAGAUUUGCUUCCGCCUCCGUCCCUUCUUUCCCCCACAUCAGUACAGCUGUGGGGUACAGGAUGAAAGGAUCUCUAAUUUUUACCCAUCUAUCCAUUUAUCCAUCCAUCUGAUCUGAUUUAUAGUUUUCCUUCAGCACAAAAAACAAAAACAAACAUCCGCUCAAGUAAAUGUGCUCCGGCGUUUAACAUGUUCCAGCACAAAAACCUUCAUCAGUUCUCUGGCCUUACUUGAAAAGCUUCAUAUCUGCGUUUCGUUCUCCAUGGUGCUAAUGUUGCUCAGAUAUCCCAGCCCUAGCUUCUUAGAGAUAUCAUCUGGCUCAAAUACGACACCCAAAACUAAAGAAAAAGAUGUUUCAGUACUGACUAUAUCAAGCUUUUUCCACUAUGUUGAGAGAAAAACAAACCAGGAAAGUCAGUUCUUCUCACAUUUGUUUUGCUGUCCAUUUACAGCUAAAUAAAGCAGAUCCUAGAAUCAAUGCGAUCAACAGCACACUCCUUCACCUCGUGCCAAAAGCUGACUCGUUUACACUCUUAUUAUAUCAUCAAAGGGGCUACAGGGGUGUUUUGUAGCCCUGACAAAUAACUGAUCAUCUUAAACACAAGAAAUAGCAGAAAGAAAUCAGGUAUUUGAAGAGAGAUCUGUGUUCUGAUGUAAAUAAGCGAGGCCUUUCUUGUCUGACAUCUACACGCUCUGCUUGGAUUCACAGCCAACAUUCCCGCCUCCAGCAAGCUAGCCUUCUUUCUUUUACUACGAGCCCGAAGACACAAUUCAGACAGUUGAAGGAAAACGUUAAAAAAAAGUGCUGUACGUUGGAUGUCUAUAGACCUUAGUCUGAUUUAAUUUAUAAUCUAUUUUCUACACGGGGUGUGUGCCGGAGCGCACCCUGUAACACAUACAUAGAUGGCAUGUUGUAAAAGUUCUGACAAGAGUGUGUAAAUAAGGUGUUUCUAUUCAUUUUUAAUUGUUCGGUGAUGCUGAAUUCGGGUAUGUGUUGUCUCUCAGAAUUACCAUGCGUUUGGCUUGGACCAUCAGACUUGCCGUAGUCAUAGGUUUUCAGAAUUUCAGCUUCAUUAUGAUGAAUGAACUAGAGGGAGGGGGAGGGGCUCUCCAUUUGCUUGUUCUUUUGUAUAUUUUGUGCAACAAUAAACCUGUCAUUUAUUACAUUAAA